GUUUUUCACCUCUCAGUUGAUUGAAUCCCACACACACAAACCCAGAGCACAAACGUAAACAGAGGCGUAGAGAUAUAUCGCAAUAUCGUAAAACAAAGGAUCUAAAUCUGUAUCUAUCUCUGUGUUUUGGAAAAAACAAUGGGUUCGGUUCCUCCUGAACUGAGCUUGGAUUUCAGACCCAGUUUUGUUCCGAAAACGAUCACUGAUUUCCUCAAGGAGGUUUCUUUGAUCGGAAAUGUGACGGAGAGGCUGUCAAAGCUUGACAAUUUCGUCAAGCGUUUGGAGGAGGAGAUGAGGAAGAUCGACGCCUUCAAGCGCGAGCUUCCUCUCUGCAUGUUCCUCUUGAAUGAUGCGAUUCAAGCUCUGAAGGAAGAUGCAAUGCAAUGUGCUAAGCCAAAUGUUCAACCAGUGUUGGAAGAAUUCAUACCAUUGAAGAAAGAUUGUGAUAAAAAGACGGGAGAACCCAAUAACCAUAAGAAAGAAAAAGACUCUAGGGAUAAGAAGAAUUGGAUGAGCUCUGUUCAGCUUUGGAACACCGAUAAUUAUCAUCAUCCAACUAGUGAUUUCCCUUGUGAUCGAAAACAAGGUUCUGACAUUGAUUCUAAGAGAAAUGAAGCCAGAAAUGGGGUUGCAAAUGAGGAUCCAUUUCAGACAUGUAGAGAUAGGAAUGGUGGAAGAGCGUUUGUGCCAUUCAAGGCAUACCCUGCGUUUUCUGUCCCAGCUGUGAAGGAAGAUAAGGAGGAUUUGGCAGUUCAUGGGUUGUCUCUGCUCACCCCUGGAAUCAAGAAUCCAAAGGAAGAAUCAGCUUCUAGUGGUUCAAGAUCCACUUGUGGAAGGGCAGUCUCCUUCUCUGCUGCCAAUGUUCAAUCCAAUAUGAGGAUUUCGCCGCAGCAGCCAACUUCCCGGAAACAGAGAAGGUGCUGGUCGCCAGAGUUGCAUCGGAGGUUUGUCAAUGCUUUGCAGCAACUUGGAGGUUCACAAGUUGCCACUCCGAAACAAAUUAGAGAACUUAUGCAGGUCGAUGGCCUGACGAAUGAUGAAGUGAAGAGUCACUUGCAGAAAUAUCGACUUCAUACAAGAAGAGUUCCAGCUGCCAAGUCUGCCCCUGCCAAUCAAUCUGUUGUUGUUUUGGGGGAUUUGUGGACGUCCCCAGAUCAAUAUGAUCACUCCUCAAAGGCUAAUAGUUCUCAGUCUGGUUCACCCCAAGGCCCUCUCCAGUUAGCUGAAAAUGGUGGUGAUGAUGAAGAUAGUGAUGAGGAUGAUGCAAAAUCUGAAAGUUAUAGCUGGAAAGGUCAUGGAAGAAACAAUGCCAUUUCUCCUACAUCUCAAGGCAUAAUUUUCAUGGACUCUAUUUGUUUUGAGAUGAUAUCUGAAGUCUAUUGGAGGUCUCUUGGAUAAGCUUUUGAGCAUCAGGUGGAACAAGUCAAUCAUGCUUUGAGUAUUGAAGUCCAAGGAAAGAACAAAGGCAGAAUUUUCCCUGCAAGUUCAGAGUUUCCAUGGAAUUUCUUUAUUAUGGGUUUUGAAGUCCAAGGAAAGAACAAAGGCAAUUUUACCUGCAAGUUCAUAGUUUCCAUGGAGUUUCUUUGUUUUGGGAUAUCAAGCCCUUUGUAGCAUUUUAGGUUGAACAAUUCAAUC